AGAGCGGUGCCGACGCCAGCCACCACCACAUCCCUCCUCCUCCUCGCCUCCUCACCACCUCCCGUCUCCUGACUCCUCACCCCUCUCCCCUCCAAAUCCGCCGCCGCCGCCGCCGCCGCCGGGACGAGGAGGCAGGGGCUAACCCUAGGCGGCCCCGACCGCGAGUCCGUCCGUUCCGUCGAUCGCCCUGCCGCCGCUGCGGCGUAGGGUGUCCGCGCGCGCGUCUCGUCUCGUCUAGAUCGGAUUCGAUUCGGUUUUGUUGCGGGGGGUAGCGACGAUGGGGUCGCGGCGGUCGCGGCGCGUUUCGUGGGCCACCGGACCCAGCCUCUGCAAGGUAAGGCUGUUCAUAUCUGAGGAUUCCCCUUCUCAAGCUGGAUUAAGACCGCAAGACAAUCUCCAAGCAAAAGGUUCAACAUCCUUAACGCAUGCAGCUGGCCCGAGUUCAGAUGAUUCCCUGCCUCCGGGUUUUGAGUCACUGCAGCCAGCCAAUGACCUCAAAAUUGACAUAUCUCAAAUUCCUCUUAUUAGGUGGAAAUGCCCACCACAUAUAUUGCUGAACCCACAAUGGCACCUUGCCUCUGGAGAAGAAAGCAGGGAGAUUGCUGUACAAAAUGAGAGAAUGUUUGGAGUGCUUGAGGCUAUUUAUCCACGUGCAUCGAACAUUCCUCCAAACCCAUUUGUUUCUCCUGAUGUGAAAGACUCUCAUUAUGAUGACUCCGGAACCCCAUUGGUUCCUGUGAUCCCUGUCGAAGAUGAUGAUGCCUCAGAUCAGUCGGAAGGACCAUUGCUUGAUCAACCAAACGAUUACCAUCAGUCCGAUAACUAUGGCCCUGCAGAAAUCAAUGCGCUGCAAGUGUCAAAUACUCCAAUUACUCCUGCACAACAGCAGCCUGGUGGAUCCACUGGCGUUGAAGCUGAUGUGUUGGCUGCAGCUUCUGCUGCAUACACUGCAAUAAUGCAGAGCAACCAAAAGGGAAGUAUGGUUGACCGAGAUCUACUUGUUAAAAUACUAAGUGAUCCUGUACAAGUUGAGAGGUUAAUGAAAGAAUACAACCAAAUUAGAAAUGAACAAUCUACUAGUAGUUCAGUUGUUGCCCCAGUGCCACCGUGUCCACCCCCCCAAAUGACAAUGACUGCCCCUGCCUCAUAUUCCAAUCAUAUGACAACUUUCCAGAACACAAAUUCCACCCUGCCACCUCCAAUGGCCCCACGGCCAAUGAUGAAUCGACCGCCUCAAGGAUAUCCUCCAGUUCCCAUGAAUCAUCCACCCGGUUCUAGUCCAGCUAUGAAUAUUCCACCGGGUUCAAGUUCAGCUAUGAGUCAUCGACCAGGUUCAAAUCCACCUAUGAGUCAUCCACCAGGUUCAAAUCCACCUAUGAGUCAUCCACCAGGUUCAAAUCCACCUAUGAGUCGUCCACCGGGUUCAAAUCCACCUAUGAGUCAUCCACCGGGUUCAAAUCCAGCUAUGAGUCAUCCAUUGGGCUCAAAUCCAGCUAUGAGUCAUGCACCGGGCUCAAAUCCAGCUAUGAGUCAUGCACCGGGUUCAAAUCCAGCUAUGAGUUAUCCACCGGGUUCAAGUAGUUCAGCUAUGAAUUUUUCAGGUGCUCCGCCAAGGGCUAUCAACUAUUACAAAACCCUCAUCCAUCAGCAUGGUGGUGAGAGGCAGGAAUCAUUUGAACAACAUGGAAGGCAGUUUGGAAUGUACCAUCAAUCUGGAACUCCCCAAACUAAUGGUAUUGAUGCUAUGAACGGUGCUUCUAUGGUGAACAGAGAUACGAAAACAAGGCCAACAAGACCAUGUGCCUACUUCAACGGCCCGAGAGGGUGUCGCAACGGAGCUAAUUGCACGUUUCUACAUGACUCAUCUGCCACUUCAAGGCAGCAGGAGCAACAAAACGGCUCAAAAAGGAUAAAGUUAGACAGCAGAAUAACUGGUCGAAAUUGAGCUGUGGGCUGCUAUUCAAGUUUUUGACUGUUCUUUGGUUCAAUAUCUUUUCACAUGCACGGUUCAGUAAAUAUUGCAGACACCAGCUCCCUGUCCUGUUGACUCCCUCCCAGUAGCUUGCCUUCUCUCCUUUUUAUAGCCAAAAAGAUGUUCUGGAAGAAAAGGGAAAUACUUCCAUCUUAUAUUGGAGCUCAGAUUUUUACUGAACCAUUAUACACCCUUCUUUAUUGAAGCACUUAAUCGUGGCUAGUUUCAUGCUGCGCUAGUGGAGACUGUUCUGGUUUUAA